AUGCAAAAAGAAGCUCAAAUCAUGCCCGAACUUCAUCGCAAACCCAGCAAAAGAACCGGCGCUUAUGGCCUAAUUCAGGACGAUAAAUAUCUAUAUUUGAAUCCCGAUUGGGGUCUUCAUAUUCAUGUAAGUUAGUGUGAGUAAUAUUGGGGUACUAGUUGUUUUCGCCUAGGGGCAUAACUUCUUUUUUCUAUUCUUUACUUAUAAUUUUAGCCUAACUUUCAUUUCUUUUGUCCUGCCUUACCCUACCUAGCCUAACUCUAGCCUAGUUUGAUUUACCUUACCCUGCAAUAUAAUGCCCCACCUAGCCUUAUCUUUUAGUCAAAUGUUAGCUUAAGUUUCAAAUUUUCAAAACAAUUUUUUUCUCGAACUUCAAAGAUAUAUUAACCAUGCCAUUUUCAGGGAAUUUGCGUAUUCUUCGCCCUAAACCAAUUUAUAUUUACAAUAUCAUGCUGGAUCUACUUAUUUUACAUUGAAUUCCACUUAUCAUGGGUAUAUUGGCUAAUAUUUCUUUCAUGGUUCACUACCGCAUUAGUUCUGGUCGGAACUGUUACCAAAAAUUUUGAAUUCUAUUACCCUUAUUUAUCUUAUCAUGUAAGUUUUUUUGAUUUUUAUUGUUUUAUAGGUUUAUUUAGGUUAUUUUAAUUGAGUUUUGGCCAAAAAAUUGGGCUUUGAAAGCAAAAUGUUUGUUGAUGUCUAGUGUAAUAUCGCGUUUAGUCUGAACACAAAAGGUUGACGCUAAAUGAGAAAAACUUUAAGUUAAUAGCAUUCUUAAAGUCAUAUUGAAGCUAAUUUAAACUAAUUUUUAGUUCUAUAUUGCGCUGCAGGUUAAAGAAAAUGAAAGAAAGCUUGAUUUGCUACCUUAUUUUAAGUUUUUAACCAACUUUUUCGCUAUAAAACUCAACUGUGAUCCCGAAUAAGCAAAAUCUUAUGUUAAUAACAUACCCAAGAGCAUAGAAAAGCUAUUUUAUAAUAUUCCAAAGUUUUAUAUUGUCCUAUAGUUUUAAAAACAAGAUAAACUCCCAUUAGGGACCUUAUUUUAGGUAUACCUACUACAUUUUGCUAAAUUUCUUGCGGUUAUCGUCUGCUUUUGAGUAAAAGUUUAUAAAAUUAAUAAAAACAACAUAUUUUUCAAUAGUUUCUAUAAAAAAGUAAUUAAAAAUAAAUCUGAUUUUAUAUUUAAAUUCAAAUUUUAAUAAAAAUCAAACGUAUCUUGGAAAAGAGAACGCGAAAAACAAAGAGACCCCAAAGAAAUAACAAAAAGCGAGAGAAAAAAAUCGGGCUCUUCUUAUUCGGGCGCCCUUUUUCUCGCUGUCUUUUCCGUUCCUUGAUCCUCCGCGAUCUCGCACGUUCUCUCCAUUUCUUUUUCGCUCUCUUUUCCCUCGCCCGUAAGUCGAACCCAGUCAAGAAACAAACGCGCGAUUUAACCCCUUGCAGAGAGUGAUUAGUUUCUUCGAGAUCAUGCUUCACAGGAUCAUUUCUGUAGUAAGCAUACUCUCGUCUAACGUCUAGGUUACACCACCUGACUCUGCGAUGAUCGAGUCGUGGUGAUCCUUCCAGAGCGUGAAGCUCGCUUCGCCGGCUAUUGUAGCCGACUGGAGCGUUGAUGAUCGCGAACAGUGCACCUGGAGCACUGUUCAAGGAAGGGUCGCUGGCUGAGCAGAGCUUUUUGAAAAAGUAUGAACUUCCUUACUCAAGGAGCAUAUAUAUUUACUACAACUUAAAAUACCUCAUAGUACUACAAUUUUGUUAUACAACCUCACAUUUUCAGGCCCUAAUAGUCCCUCUAAACACACUAGCCUGUUUAGUCGUAUUCAUUGAGAAGCUUAACGAAUUCAACAAAAACGGCUUACUCAACGCAACUCAUAUUGAUCUCACAAUAUUGCUCAUAAUUGGAACAUGUGCACUGAUAUGCAACAUACUACUAAUGACAUCAUAUUAUUUUAUUUAUCGUGGCUACAAAUACCUGAAAUUCGAUUGCGACGAUCGACGGUUUUUCAUUGGAAAGCAUCCUGUUUGA